AUGACUGAUGGAUGGACUAAUCGUUGUAGGCGCACUUUAAUUAACUUCUUGUUUUAUUGUCCUAAAGGAAUUAUCUUCCUAAAGUCUGUUGAUGCUUCUCAUGCCUCCAAGACUGUUGAAUUAUUGUUUAAGCUUUUUAAAGAUGUUGUCAACUUUGUCGAUCCUGAAAAUGUUGUUCAUAUAGUGACAGACAAUGCUGCAAAUUAUGUUGCUGUUGGAAGAUUGUUGGAAGCUGAAUUCCCUAAGUUGUAUUGGUCUCCUUGUGCUGCACAUUGUAUUAAUUUGAUGUUGCAAGAUAUUGGAAAGUUGAAUGAAGUCAGUGAGACAGUUUCACAUGCUUCAAAGAUUACUAAAUACAUAUAUAAUCAUUGUCAUCCACUGUAUCUGAUGAGGAAGUUUACCGGUGGACGAGAAAUACUUCGUCCAGCUCCAACUUGCUUUGCUAUCAAUUUCAUAGCUUUGCAGAGUAUUCUAGCUCAAAAAGAUGCAUUAAGAGCUAUGACUCUAAGUUUUGGAAUAUGUGCAGAUAUUGUCAAACUUACUGAGCCACUUGUUCGUGUGCUUCGUAUUGUGGAUAAUGAAGAUAAAGCUGUAACGGGUUUUCUUUAUCAAGCUUUUAAUAAGGCUAGAGAAGAGAUGGUAAAGAGGUUUCAACAAAAAAAGAAGAUUGUGGAGCCUUACUUAAAAAUUUUGGAUACUCGUUGGGAUUCACAACUUAAAAAAAAACUUCUUGCUGCUGGCUAUGGGUUAAACCCUACUUUUCGAUUCAAUGCUGCUGAAUUUGAAAAACAUAAGCAAACCACUUUUGGCCUACUAGAUGUAAUUGAGAAAUAUUCAUAUGAUGAUUCAGAAUUGAAUACUAAAUUGACAAGUGAGACGAGAAUUUAUUCUAAUGCUGAAGAUGAUUUUGGAAGACAAUCUGCAUUCACCGCCGUUUUAACUCCUGAAGAGGUUGAUGCUCUACAAAAUGAUUUGGCAAAUAUGUCCAUUCAACCAACUUUGGAUGAUUUUGAUCAAUUAAAUUUGAAAGAUGACCAAAUAACAAUGCUAUGUAAGAUAGAUGCAAAUCAAAAUGAGGGAAAUGUUGAUCAAACUCUUAAUUUAUCCAAUGAAGAUGUUGAUGCCAACUUUGAGCUCACCCCUUAG